AUGUUAGGUCUUUCGCAAUAUCUGACCGUGCUUCUGGCGGCAGCCAUCGGGCCUGCCUUUGCGUUUCCUCUUGGUCCUGGUACUUCUGAUUCCACCGCAAAUCAAGUCAUCCGACCACGAGAUGAGACGUGCAAAGUCUCCUUUGAUGGUCUUCCCAUUAUGCAAGGGUUCAAUGCAACUUAUGCUCCAAAACAAUGGCAGCGAAUUUUGAUUGAAUCAUUCGAUCGCAAAGCCACGCCUACCUUGGUGACAACAUUGUUUAUGUCUGGUCACUCAACUGCCUAUACCAUCCCUCCGUUUCUAUCUCCCGUUACUCCUCUAAGUCAAACCGGUGAAAAGGGCAUUUCAGCGUGUUAUGCGACUUUGGCAGGGCCACGGAGUAGCGGCAAACACUCUCCAAAGUGUAUCAAGAGCGCGCUCUCUACCUUGGCUACUUACGACCCAAUAAAACUUGAGUCAGAAACCAUCACACCAAAUCCUACCUCAUUCAAUGUUGGAGGACAACCGCUUACCCCGGGUGCACAAGUCAUCGGUGCUGGCCCACAUACCCUAUCGCUAGACACAAGUGGAGGCCUGUCCAUAGACGGCACUCCAACUCAAUAUAUCCACUUAUUGCCUCCCUUUUGCGGUAGUACGAGCAGCAGCGGCACUUUGGAUAGUGGCAAUGGCGGUCCGGGUACUUCCACAGUUUGGGGCUCUACUCAAGCAACGGAUACUAGUGUUAGCAAUACACCCCUAACCACACCGAAAGGCACUGGCCAGGGAGAAAACACCGCCACUAAGAGCAAUAAACCUCCAACAUCACCCGGUAGCGCAGGUCGGGGAGGAAGCACUAUUGCCAGCACACCUCCAAUUUCGCCCGGGGGGUCUGCCCAGGAAUCAAAAACCGAAAUCAGGAGCAAUACAUCCCCGACCGCGCCAGGAAGCACUGGCCAGGGCUCAAAGACUGGGACCAAGAGCAAUACAUCCCCAACUGCGCCUGGAACCAAUGGCCAGGGGUCGAAGGCCGGCACCAGGAGCAAUACAUCGCCAACCACACCUGGAACCACUGGAACCAAAAGCAAUACAUCCCCAACUGCGCCUGGAACCACUGGCCAGGGGUCAAAGAGCGGAACCAAGAGCAAUACAUCCCCAACCACACCUGGAACCAAUGGCCAGGGGUCGAAGACCGGCACCAGGAGCAAUACAUCGCCAACCACACCUGGAACCAAUGGCCAGGGGUCGAAGACCGGCACCAGGAGUGGCCUACACCCAAGCUCGACUGAGAGCCGUGUUUUGACAUUGGACAGCAUCACUUUUACUGUUCACGGUACCAGUGCUCAAAUUGGCACCGCUCACCUGACUAGGGGCGGCGAGGUUACUGUGGGAACAGAGACUAUCUCCUUCAAAACCGACGGUGGUGCUAUCGUUGCCGACGAAACCACUCUUUCUCUAUCCCCCGAAACAACCGAUUCUCCCAUCGACACGAGUACCAAUCCUACCGGCUCGAAUACUCCCUCCUCCAGGGCAACCCCCAAGCCAGCAACUGCAAGUAAAUCUGCAGAGCAGGUUAUUACUUUAAAGGACCAGACUGUUACUGCAGAUCCCACCGGCUUUUUGGUUGGCACGACUAGCCUAACACCUGGUGGUGAACUCACAGUUGGCGAAGAUACCAUGGCGCUAGAGACAGGUGGCACGCUGCUUGUGGAUGGAAGUACAGUUCCCCUCACAAAAGGAACAAAAGAUAAUACACAGACGGCAAAACAGACAUCAACAUCUACAGAAGGCUGGGUUACCUUGUCAGAUUCGUCUACGACUGGUUUGUACGGGACCAUGAGUCUGACAGACCUUGCGACAUUGGCGAGUCCAACAUCAAUCUCGACUACCUAUAUUAUCUCUGGAACAAAGACCACCUCUGGGUUUAUUUUUGUACACGCUGGUGGAAUCGUCUAUCAGCAUUGGCCCCCAGCUACAAUUAGCCCUGGUUCUGGAGGUGGAGGGAUUGCGAUAUCCGACCCAAUUAAAGUGCCAGAGCCCAAAGGCCCCAAAUGUCCCAGUAUACUCAAGUUCCUUUGUGGUGAUAGCCAUACUAGCUCAGACAAUUCUGGCAGUGAUGUUGAUCCUGAUGAUACGCCUAAUGACAACCCGGAAGAUGACCCCAAGAAGAGCACCGAGCCUACCACACAGGGUACUCAAACUACUGCUAAAUCAACGACCACCUCGGAAUCUUCGUCAACAUCUUGCGCCACAUCUCAAACAAUUACAGAUUGUGCUGUCACCUGCAGCACAGUAACAGCCACAGGACAAUCUGGUGCUUCAACUACUUGCCAAACUUCAUGCUCACAAGCCGCGGCUUGCUCUGCAACAGGAACUACAUCCACUACUGUUGUCUCAUCAACAUCUGACGGUUCAAUUGCAACUCUUGGCCCCGAAUACAUAAUCUAUCUGGACGAUAUAGAUAAUAUUCCGGACGAUAGUGUGGCUAAAUCUAUUGCGGAUGAACAAAGAAAAUUGUAUGCUUCAGCUGCCUCUUCCGCGACAACCGGAAAGACCACUGAGGGGACAACAAUGGGGUCUGCCACGACAACCGGAAAGACCACCGGAACAAGAACUACCGGGUCUACCUCAGAAUCCACAAAAACAACAGCUUCUUCCACUGCCACUGAAAAGAGUGAGACUGAAACGACAUCCUCAACGUCUGAGGCCACAACGACUUCUGCAACUACUACCACCGAAGAAAAGGAGACAAAGACGACCACCUCAGAUACGUCGGCGGCAACUACAGGAGCCCCUGAUUUAGAAAUAUAUAUCGGCAUGAUCGACCACACUGAUAUUUCAAAUGCACUUUCUACUACUUGGAAUGUCUACGUACGCGAUAAUAGGGAUGGCGAUGAUGUUGGAAAAUCUUUCAAGUGGUGCCACUCUAAUGGGGAAAUUGACGCCGACGAUGAUGUGAGCCGAAACUCAUGGCCACCAACUAUCAAGUUCGAAGAACUCAAUGAAGGAAACAACGAUAAGGCCAAGAAAUAUCCAUGUGCCUAUACAGAGGGCGAUGAUGGACCUGGAACGUUUAUUUGUUUGGGCUGGGAGCACGAAGUCCAGUGCACGGAUGACUUUGACGACGCAGGAGAGGGAAUGACUGGGUCUGACAAUGGUUGUAGUGGUGUGGAUACUGCCUUUCCAAGGGCCUUGUGUAAGGUCUAUACUGCGGCAGUGAAAUAG